GGCUUCUCCCGAAAGAGCCACACUUUUCUGCCUAAGAUCUUCUUCCGCAAAAUGUCAUCCUCCGGGGCCAAGGACAGGCCUGAGCUGCAGUUUCCCUUCCUACUAGAUGAGGACACAGUGGCCACGCUACAGGAGUGCAAGACACUCUUCAUCCUGCGUGGCCUGCCAGGAAGCGGCAAGUCCACGCUGGCACGUGUCAUCGUGGAUAGGUACCAUGACGGCACCAAGAUGGUGUCUGCUGACACCUACAAGAUUAAGCCUGGCGCUCGCGGAGCUACCUCCGAGGAGUACAAGCGGCUAGACGAGGAGCUGGCCACCUACUGUCGCCGGGACACCAGAGUGCUAGUGCUGGAUGACACCAACCAUGAGCCGGAGCGGCUGGAACAGCUCUUUGAAAUGGCUGACCAGUACCAGUACCAGGUGGUGCUGGUGGAGCCCAAGACGGCGUGGCGGCUGGACUGUGCCCAGCUCAAGGAGAAGAACCAGUGGCAGCUGUCAGCCGAUGAGCUCAAGAAGCUAAAGCCAGGGCUGGAAAAGGACUUCCUGCCACUCUACUUCGGCUGGUUCCUGACCAAGAAGAGUUCGGAGAGCCUCCGCAAAGCCGGCCAGACCUUCCUGGAAGAGCUGGGGAACCACAAGGCUUUUAAGAAGGAGCUUCCACACUUUGUCUCUGGGGAUGAGCCCAGGGAGAAGAUGGACCUGGUCACCUACUUCGGGAAGAGACCACCAGGAGUGCUGCACUGCACAACCAAGUUCUGCGAUUAUGGGAAGGCGGCCGGGGCAGAUGAGUACGCACAGCAGGACGUGGUGAAGAAAUCGUAUGGCAAGGCCUUCAAGCUAGUCAUCUCAGCUCUCUUUGUGACACCCAAGACAACUGGAGCCCGGGUGGAGUUAAGUGAGCAGGAGCUGCCGUUGUGGCCGAAUGAUGUGGACAGGCUGUCACCCUCUGACAGCCUGCCUCGGGGGAGCCGCGCACACAUCACCCUGGGCUGUGCGAGUGAAGUGGAAGCCGUGCAGACGGGCCUUGACCUCCUGGAGAUUGUGAAGCAGGAGAAGGGGGGCAACCGAGGCGAGGAGGUGGGUGAGCUACACCGGGGCAAGCUCUACUCCUUGGGCAGUGGGCGCUGGGUGCUGAGCCUGGCCAAGAAGAUGGAGGUCAAGGCCAUUUUCACGGGAUACUACGGGAAGGGCAAACCUGUGCCUACACACAGCAGCCGGAAGGGGGGUGCCCUGCAGUCCUGCACCAUCAUCUGA